AUGCUAUACCGAUCUGCUGGACGCGUCCUCCUCGUGACGGUCUCUUUCGUUCACGCCCGUGCGGAUGUUCCGCGACCGGUCAUCAGACUAUCACAACAGGCGCUCCUGCGAGAACUGACUUUGCUCAACGAAAGCGUUGAUGGUCGGUUAUUUGCGGUCACUCCCUGGGAACUUCCGUGCUUUUCAAAUCUCAACGGGAUUGCGGUAGCUCGGAAUGAUACGGAAUGCGCAGCGAUCCAAGCAAACUAUACCAAUCCGCUCUUCCGUGCGACACACUUCGGCGCCUACAUGAUACCAGAGUGGGAGACCUGUCAAACAGAAUCUCCAAGUGGCGGAUGCCUGCUCGACCCCAGCGACCCGUCUGACCCUCUCGCUUUCGACAAAGCUGCUUGCCAUUCAGGCAAUCUGGCAUCGUACUUUAUCGACGUGAGAUACUACACGGACGUGCAGAAAGCAUUGCGCUUCUCUGAGAUGACUGGUAUCCGGUUGUCUGUCAAGAACAAGGGACAUGACUACAAAGGUAGAUCAAGCGGUAAAGGCACACUGGCUUUGUGGGUGCGUAAUCUUCAUGAUCAGUUUUCAUACGAACCAGAAUUCGUACCAGAAGGAUGUUCAACGAGUUACGAUGCAGUGACCAUUGGUCCCGGUGUCCUCACACAAACUAUCUAUGAAUAUGCCGAUGCCGUUAACAAGACAUUCAUUGGUGGUUAUUCACAGUCUGUAGGGGCUGGUGGGGGCUUCUUUCUGGGCGGGGGACACAGCGUCUUAUCACCAGUAUACGGUCUGGCUGUUGACAGAGUGGUGCAAGUGAAGGUAGUGACGGCUAAUGGACAAUAUUUAGUAGCGAAUGAAUGCUCGAAUACCGACCUUUUCUUUGCGCUUCGUGGAGGAGGAGGUAGUGCGUUUGGUGUCGUUAUGGAGUCAUCUCAUAGGCUAGAACCUCAACUGACUUUACAAGUCGCUUCGCUAAACUUUACGGGACAUUCAAACCUAAGCACUCUGGCAAUAUGGUACGAGACACUAGUGAAUGAAACAUACAAAUGGGGAACACAGGGCUGGGGAGGGCACAUUGUCGGCCCGACGUUAAUCUUUGUGAAUUCAUUACUGAGUAAUGCAGAUGCAAAAGCAUCUAUGCGAACCGCUGCCGAUUUUGCAUUAGCGCAAGGUGGAACGGCUAUCGUCGAGGAGUUGCCAUCGUACCUCGCGUUUUUCAAUAAAUACGUUACGCUGGCUGAAGCUAGCGUCGGCCCCGAGCUAAUUCUGGGAUCGCGCCUCAUUCCAACGUCACUUUUCGAGUCCGCCGAAGGCCGCGAAACAUUGUCCAGCACGAUUGCGGGUCUUCUGUCAUUCGCAAGCCCUUAUAUUCCUGUUGUCCCUCCAUUCCUCUAUAACUAUACUGAGGGAACCACGAGCGUCACCCCUGCAUGGCGCCGGUCUCUCUGGCAUCUUUCGCUUCAUAACGUAUGGUCGUGGAACAGCAGCGUCGAUUACAUUCAAGAGCAGUAUGAAGCCGUCACGCAACACGUACAACAGUUCCGUGAUAUUACCCCAGGGAGCGGGGCGUACUUUAAUGAAGGAGAUGUCUACGAACCGAACCAUACGUACUCCUAUUGGGGGAAUAAUUAUGAGAGGCUUUUGUCUAUCAAGAAGCGAUACGAUCCUGUGGGUCUUCUGGACUGCUGGCAGUGCGGUUUGUGUAUACUCGAUCGUUUUAACGCAUUCAACCUCCUGACACAUUUCAGUUGGCUGGAAGGGCGAAAAUGA